AUGACAUCUCGUAAGCGUGUAUUUGAAUUACUAAGAACAAUCAAUGUCGCUGCAUGUCAGUGCCCAGCUCAUGGCUUUAGAGGGAACAUACAAGUUACUAAUAGUACUCCAGAAAAGGAUUAUGCUUUUGAAAUUAAAUGUUCAACUGUUAGAUAUGGUUUGGGAGUUACAAAAGAGGUCGGUCUUGAUCUAGUCAACCUCGCAGCCAAAAAUGUUUGUGUUAUGACUGAUCCAAAUGUAGUGUCCCUAAAGCCUACAAAGGCUGUGCUGGAUUCUCUAACAAAGUAUGGAAUCAAUUACAAGGUGUUUGAUGAAGUACGGGUUGAACCAACUGACUCUAGUUUUAAAGCUGCAAUACUGUUUGCAAAGAUGGGAAACUUUGAUAGUUUUGUGGCCGUUGGAGGUGGCUCUGUAAUGGACACCUGCAAAGCUGCAAAUCUAUAUUCUUGUGAUCCGGAAGCUGAUUUCUUGGACUAUGUCAAUCAACCAAUUGGAAAAGGAAAACAGGUUACUGUCCCGCUCAAGCCUUUAAUAGCAAUACCAACAACAAGCGGAACAGGCAGUGAAACUACCGGAAUGAGUAUAUUUGACUAUGAAAAAAUCAAAGCUAAAACGGGUAUAGCAAAUGCAGCCCUGAGGCCUUUGCUGGCUCUUAUUGACCCAUUACACACACUAACUGUUCCGCGAAACGUCGCCAUUUAUUCUGGUUUCGACAUCUUUUGCCAUGCCCUGGAGAGUUUUACGGCAAUCCCAUAUACUGAACGAGGUCCAGCUCCAGCUAAUCCUGCGUUGAGGCCUGUUUAUCAAGGAAGUAACCCCAUCUCUGAUGUCUGGUCAAGAUUUUGUUUACAGGCUCUCGCUAAGUACUUUACGCGGUCAGUAAAUAACGCAGAUGACUUAGAAGCCCGUUCGAGUAUGCAUCUUGCUGCUACGAUGGCAGGUGUGGGCAUCGGUAAUGCGGGUGUGCACCUGUGUCAUGGAUUAGCAUACCCUAUUGCCGGAAAUGUUAAGAAAUUCGUGCCAGAUGAUUAUGGGAAGGACCCUAUAAUUCCCCACGGUCUGUCCGUAGUAGUCACAGCUCCAGCGGUAUUUCGCUUCACCGCACAAAGUGACCCGGACAAACAUUUAGAAGCAGCCAAUCUUCUUGGCACAGAUACAACGGGUCGGAAACAAAAUGACGCUGGCAGGAUCCUUUCUGAUACUAUUUUAUCGUAUAUGGAUAAAAUGGGCAUUGGUGAUGGAUUGUCCAGCCUCGGUUACUCUAUCCAAGAUAUACCGGAGCUUGUAAAGGGAGCGUUACCCCAGCACCGUCUGUUGAAAUUAACACCACUGCAACAGUCUGAAGAAGACUUGUAUAAACUUUUAGAAGAUUCCAUUACUAUUUAUUAG